AUGGGUAAACGCGGCGGCAGAAAGGGAAACCGCGGUGGUAGAGGCGGCGGCGGUGGCCGCUCAGAGCGCUCCACCAAUUGGCAAGACAUCAGCCGUACUAACGAAAAGCUCGAGAAAUACUACAACGAGCCUGAGUUCAUUCCCGAGGAAGAAAAGGAAGAAUUCUGGAAUGCAAUUAAGAGAGAUCUGCCGAACAGCUUCCGUUUCACCGGUUCUCGGGGCCAUGCGCUCGCAGUUCAGCAACGACUCAAAGACUUCUACGUUCCCCAAAUCACUUCGAUUGAGUAUGAAGGCCAGCCCGUCGAGCCGCCACGGCCUGUGUCGUGGUAUCCAGACCAGCUCGCCUGGUCGAUGACCACUCCCAAGCAAGUCAUUCGCCGUCAUGCGCCCUUCGCAUCGUUCCAAAAGUUCCUCGUUGCGGAGACCGAAGUCGGAAACAUCAGUCGGCAAGAGCUUGUCAGCAUGAUUCCUCCCCUUCUCAUUGAUAUUCGUCCGGGCAUGACUGUCUUGGAUAUGUGCGCUGCCCCGGGCAGUAAAUCAGCACAGUUAAUGGAGGCUCUGCAUGCCGGUGAAGAGGAAACUAUCCUGGAUGUUGCUAAGCAGGUGAAGGAGGGCAAUGCCGGACCUGAGCCCCUGGGCCCUGAGGGCCUGAAUGAUGACGGCCGUACCACGGGACUACUGAUCGCCAACGACAGUGACUACAAGCGUGCCCAUCUUCUGAUUCACCAGAUGAAGCGUCUCAGCUCGCCUAAUUUGAUUGUGACGAACCACGAUGCCACAAUGUACCCGUCCAUCAAGCUUCCUCCUCUGCCCGCUCCUGAGGGCAAGCGCCCUAUCAACCGAUACCUGAAGUUUGACCGUAUCUUGGCUGAUGUUCCCUGCUCGGGAGACGGCACCGCCCGGAAGAAUUAUGGUGUUUGGAAAGACUGGAGCCCUUCUAGCGCCCUAGGUCUUUACACUACCCAGGCGCGCAUUCUCGUUCGUGCUCUGCAAAUGCUGAAGGUUGGCGGACGCGUCGUGUACUCCACCUGCAGUAUGAACCCUGUUGAGAACGAAGCAGUCAUUGCCAGCGCCAUUGAGCGAUGCGGUGGUGCUGCGAAUGUCAAGAUCAUUGACUGCAGCGAGGAGCUUGCCGGUCUCAAGCGCCGCCCUGGUCUCAAGUCCUGGAAGGUCAUGGAUCGUGAGGGCCGUAUCUGGUCCAGCUGGAAGGACGUCCUUGAGCAGAGACAGCAAGAGGAGACCAGCAACGGCCUGGCGAGACUGGCGGAGGGUAUGUUCCCUCCUUCCGGAGAGACCGCAGAGCUUCCGCUCGAACGCUGCAUGCGCAUUUAUCCUCACCUUCAGGAUACCGGUGGCUUUUUCAUCACCGUUCUCGAGAAAAUCUCCGAGAUCAAGGCGAAGCCUGAAACCUCUGGAAACGUCAUUCCACUCCUGCCCAAGGGAUCAGUUGCAGCGCUUGCCGCCGAGCUUGAUAGUCGCAACAAGAAAGACGCCGAGCCCUAUCAAAAGUUAGAUUCUUUGGAUGAAUUGGUCCCGGCGGACGCCGAAGUCGAGGCCGAAUUGGCCAAGAAUGCAUCGGUCGCCGAGGCUUCCAACCAGCCCCCAUACUCGGUAACCCUCGACGCCUCAGAGCCUGGAUCACCUGCCAAGCGCGAAGGUGAUGAUUUGGACGAUGAAGUUCCAGCGAAGAGAGCUAAGCUCGAUGAUGGUAACGAGGUGUUGAUCGGUGAUCGUCCGGUUCACCGUCCUCCUCCUGCCGUGGUCGAGACUGAGCACGUUGGUACUUCUACCGAGACCACUCCAGCGGCCACUGCUCCAGCUCCCUUGGCCCAAGGGUUCAAGAAGAAGGUGGCCCAGGAAGAGCCUUACAAGUACCUGGACCCUAACCACCCUGAGCUGGUGCCCGUCUAUGAGUUCUUUGAUCUAUCAGAGCGGUUCCCCCGCGAUCGGUGGAUGGUGCGUAAUGCCGAGGGCCAACCCACUCGGACUGUUUACUACACAAGUGCGCUCGCUCGCGAUAUUCUCACGAUGAACGAAGGUUCUGGUAUGAAGUUUGUCCACUGCGGUGUGAAGAUGUUUGUGAAGCAGGAUGCCCAACGUGAGAACGUUUGCCGUUGGCGUAUUCAGACAGACGGGUUGAGAAUCAUUGAGCCGUGGCUCGGCGAUGUCCGCACCGUGACACUGACCCAGAGGGAGACUCUGCGCCGCCUGCUCAUUGAGAUGUUCCCCAAGGUCAAUGACAAUGGUUGGAAGCAGCUUGACGAGAUUGGUGAGCGUGUCAAGGACAUCCCAAUGGGCUGCAGUAUUCUGCGGGUCGAGCCCAACGGCAAGGAAGAUGGCCUAAACGAGCGAAUGGUUCUGCCCCUCUGGCGAUCCCUGCACUCCAUCAACCUGAUGCUUCCUAAGGAAGAUCGCCGCGCCAUGCUUCUGCGCAUCUUUAACGAUUCUACACCUGUCAACAACCACAACAUCAAAACGCAAAAGACUCCCCUCAAGGAGGCUGAGACCGUUAUCGAGGUCGAGCAGGAGACCGAGAUUGAUCCCCCGGUUGCGGUCGAGGAAGAUCUGUUGAAGAAAGAAAAUCUUGCUUUGGGCCAGGAUGAGCAGGAGCAGAUGGACACUCGUGAAACUUAUACCAAGGCUGGCGAUGAGGAGGACCGAUUCAACCAAACUGUCUAA